CAUUUUUAAAAUGGGAUUCAAAAAUGCAAAUAUCGCAACUGCACGUUUAUUAAAUGCAAAUUAUUUUUAUGCUAAGGUCAUAUCUAUUAGACAAGCUAAUAUUUGAUCAAUAUGACAUUCUAGAAACGAAAAAUAACAGAAAAUGUUACGAGGCACUCAAAGACAAGGACAAGAAAGACCAACAAAUAAUAACGCAACAAUUGUUACGUACAGCGAGCCUUUUCGAAGAAAUACGCAAGUUUCGAGGUAAAAUAAUGACGUACGAUGCCACAGCCAAGAAAGAAAUCUCUGAAAUUCUGACGGAACAUGACUUCUUCCAGAGAGCUUCCUGGACUGCAAAAAAUCGCCUCCUUUCAGCAAUCCCAUAUUGAGACAUAUAAAACGAUUUCAGAGCAGACGAAAAACAAGAAUCAAUUGAAAAUAUUAUCGAUCGAAUAUAACAAGACGAUAAAACAUUUGGAGCGUCUUGUAGUUAAAGGCAAACAACUACUCACACUUAUGCAAAUCUGUCGCAAGUACGAAACACAAGAUGAGAAAGUAAUCCCGU